UUCAGGUUGCAACUCGGCGGUGCUGGUCUGGAUGUGAAAUCUGCCGGUGUCUUGGCCAAAAAACAAAGACGGUCGAAUGAUGGGACUUUUCUCAGUACGAUAGACAACCCUGGGCCUUACCGAUCAAACGCCGGGAGGAAAGGGCAUCGAGUUGACUCUGUUUCUGCCUCCACAAUUGAUUGGAAAUCACUUGGAUCUGAAAGUCUGAGACUGGGAGAAGCCUUACGUUACCAGAAGACGUCUACCAAUCUUAAAGCCUUCGAUUUUGCCUCUUUUUGUUUUUGUUUUGAGAAACAAUUGAAGUAAAAUUAGAUUAUCUCAACUUGUUGGACCGUUGAAGUGGAGGUUAUUCGGCUGAUUUAUCAUGGGGACAUCAUGGCUCGCCAUCGCGGGGUUUGUGGCCCUGCUGAUGUGUUCCUGCUGUGUUCAACUUGGGCUUGCCAGUGUGACUGCAGCACCAGCAUCUGUUACCACACCACAACCAACCGAUUGGAAUUGUGAUUUUGAGCAAAACAUCUGCAGCUACAGCCAGGCAAGCGGCGAUGACUUUGAUUGGACCAGAGACUCUGGGGGCACGGCUUCGCAGAACACGGGACCCGGCAUCGACCACACCAAGGGGGACGCCACCGGUUACUACAUGUACAUUGAGACCUCCAGUCCGCGUGUCCAAGGCGACAAGGCCCGUUUUGAGAGCGACAUUAUCCCAGCUGUCACCAGCCAGAGAAUGUGCGUCACCUUCUGGUACCACAUGUACGGCGAUCACAUCCGGGAUUUAAACAUCUACCUCAAGACCGGCUCAGGGCUGGGUACCGCGGUCUGGACUAGGUCCGGAACCAGACUGAACCAGUGGUUUCGCGGGGACUUCAGCACCGCGCCGAGCGCAGAUUUUCAGGUUGUUUUUGAAGGAGUCGUGGGCUCCAGUUUCCAGGGCGACAUUGCCAUUGACGACAUCGUGGUGACUACCGGCGAAUGCCCGUUGCGAGACUUCUGUGAGUUUCAGGACUCUCAUCUGUGUGGUUAUCUUCAAGAUACUACGGACGAUUUUGAUUGGCUGCAGAACAACGGAGCGACGCCGACUGCCAAUACCGGGCCGUCGCUGGAUGUGUCUUACGAUACAACCUACGGUAAAUACAUGUACGUGGAGGCUACAGGACAAUCAGCAGGGUCCGUGGCCAGGCUCAUGACCCCUCUAGUGCCUGCCAGCCCUGGCGUCAGUCGUUACUGCUGGUACUUCUCCUAUCAUAUGUACGGCGAUCAGAUGGGCACGCUAAAUGUCAAUUUGAACACCACAUCCGUCCAGCAAACCCUGUGGACCCGCAGCAGUAACCUAGGCAACCUGUGGUCCGUUGGUAACGUACAGGUGACCUCCACCCUCCCCUACCAGCUCGCAUUUGAAGGAAUUGUGGGUACAGGAGACAGGAGUGACAUUGCCAUUGACGACGUCGGGUUUUACUUAGGAAGCUGCCCAUAUCAGGAAAAUUGCGAUUUUGAGACGAACACAUGUCUGUGGACGAACGAUGUAACAGCGGACAAUUUUGAUUGGUUGAGACUCAGCGGCUCAACGGCCAGCAGCUACACAGGGCCGGCCGUCGACCACACUACUUCGGGCCAAAACGGAUUCUACAUGUAUACGGAGACCAGUUCCCCGCGGGUACAGGGCGACCGCGCCAUCUUCAAGAGCCCCGAGAUCGUCCCCGGUGCCAACGACCCGCCGAUAUGCUUCACGUUCUGGUACCACAUGUUUGGCGUGGACAUCGGCGCGUUGACCAUUUCCGUGGUGACGGAGCCCAAUACCGCAAACGAGCUCGCCACCAUGAAUUGGCUGGUGAACGGUCAGCAGAGUACCGAUGAGUACAAUUGGCUGAACGGGCAGUUUGACGUGUCUGAGACGUUACCGUUUCAGAUCGUCUUUGAGGGGGUUGUCGGAGCCAGUUACCAGGGUGACAUCGCUAUCGAUGACAUCGAGCUUGUUGAUGGAAACUGUGAUACUAUUCCACGUUCGGCUGAUCCCUACCUCUACGUCAACAACUGCACAUGUGACUUCGAAGCCUUUCUCUGUUCCUGGUCUCAGGAGUCAGCCGACGUCUUUGAUUGGACGCUGACCACAACAUCCACACCCUCGUCGGGUACCGGGCCGACCGGCGACCACACUGGAGGUGGUUACUACGCCUACAUCGAGACCUCAUCGCCCCGCGUCCUGGGUGACACCGCCCGCCUCAUCUCCAGCGACCUUUACCCUACGACCCCUGGGUCAGCCUGCUUGGAGUUCUGGUACCACAUGUUCGGUGGUGGGAUGGGAACCUUGACCCUCUACACUUCUACUCCGAGCGGUCGGGUGGCCUUCUGGAGUCUCUCCGGCUCCCAGGAAAAUGCCUGGAAGCUUGCCAGGGUAACAGUGUCAUCGCCCGUCCAAUUCAACAUUGUUGCUGAAGGAGUUGUAGGUACAAACUAUCAAAGUGAUAUUGCCAUCGAUGAUAUACUCUACAAGCUCGGAGCUUGUCCACCAAUCAGAACGUGCACGUUCGAAAUCGACAGCUGUGAUUGGACGCAGGAGACCAGCACGGAUGAUUUUGAUUGGACAAGAGUUCAGGCCUCGGCGGCCUCGCAUUCCUCCAGCCAGCUUGUCGACAAAACAACUGGCACGUCAAAUGGUUAUCUAAUGUACCUCAAUCCUUCGCUCGGGCAAAACCAAGACCGAGCCAUCAUGUACUCUGGCUACUACCAACCGUCCGCGAUCGGAGAAUGCCUGAAAUUCUGGUACCACAUGCACGGUGCUGGCGUCGGUACCCUGCGAGUCUACACAUACAUCAAUGGAGCCCUGGGACCGGUGCUGUACGAGAAGUCAGGGGACCAGGAUGACGUGUGGCGGUACGUCACAGUGACGCUGAUGAAUUCUACGUAUGAAUUCAGGGCUGCCAUCGAAGGUACGCUGGGUACCGGCCAAACCGGUGACCUAGUCCUGGACGAUGUGGAUAUAAAAGUCGGACCGUGCAAUCCCCCUGGUUUUUGUGACUUUGAGUCCGACAUGUGUGGCUGGGUGAACGAAGUGGCCCAAGAUGAUUUUGAUUUUGUUAGGACGCGCGGAGCCGACGCCUCCUCCCUGGCCCCGCCCAUUGACCACACCUUCUCCAGUGAUCUCGGAUAUUACAUGCUGAUCGAGACGGCCACUAUCCCAUCUGGCAGGAAGGCGUGGCUGAACAGUGAGCAUUUCAGCCCCACCCCUAUCGGUGCCAGCUGCUUCACGUUCUGGCUCUACAUGUUCGGCAGUGGAGUUGGCACAAUGAAUGUCUACGUCAGAGAUACAGCAUCGGGGACCAUGCAGCUACUGCACACAGAGUCCGGCGAUCGCGGUAACCUCUGGCAUGAGGUAUCCAUCACGGUCACCAGCAGUGCCGAGUACCAGGUCUAUCUGGAGGGUAUAGAGGGAAGCAACGCGACUACCUCGACGAUGGCCGUGGACGAUACGCGGCUGGCUAACGGCGCUUGUAUGAUUCCCACCCAGUUCGACUGCGACUUUGAGAACGACAUCUGUAACUACACCCAAGCAUCAGACGAUGAUUUUGAUUGGUUGAGGUCCAGCUUCUCCACGCCGUCCAUUGACACUGGUCCAUCCAUCGAUCACACCACGGGAACUGGCGCUGGCUUCUACGUCUUCCUCGAGACCUCGUCGCCUCGUGUCGCCGGCGAAAAAGCGCGUCUGGAGAGCGCCCUCGUGCCACGGACGGCGGAGAACUGCCUGGAGUUCUGGUACCACAUGUGGGGUGACGACGUGGACACGCUGAGCGUAUACGCAAGGCCAGACGGCGCUGGCAUUGGAGCGCCGAUCUGGACGCGAGUGGGAACCAGGGACAAUCAGUGGUAUCUGGGACGUGUGGCCCUUACCAUGGCAACAUCAUACAAGUAUGUCUUUGAGGGCGUUGUUGGGACAAGCUACCUGAGUGACAUUGCACUGGAUGACAUCAGAGUGUACGCUGGACCCUGCGAAGUUCCCAACCUGUGUGAGUUCGAGGAACCAGACUUGUGUGGAUACACCUCAGACCUGACCGCCAAUUUUAACUGGACAUGGAAUGCAGACAGAACCCCUACACUGCUGACAGGACCCAGUAUAGAUGUGUCUUACGGCUCCGCUAAUGGUCAUUACAUGUACACUGAGGCAACCAAUCAGCGUCCAGGUGACGUCGCCAGAUUAAUCUCUCCGCCUUUCGUCCCGGAACAGAGCACUCGGACCGCCUGCUGGAGGUUCUACUAUCACAUGUUUGGUGACCAGAUGGGGACGCUACGUGUGAAGGUAAACGGCGACCCGACCACACUGUGGUCAAUGAGCAGUAACUUCGGUGACCAGUGGUUUCUGGGCGAGGUUGAAUACACCAGUCAGACUGUUUAUCAGAUGGUCUUUGAAGGAGAGAUCGGCAGCGGCGAUCGCAGCGACAUGGCCAUCGAUCAGAUCUCCAAGCUGGCUGGACCCUGCCCUGUCCAAGGAAGUUGUGAUUUUGAGCGAGACACAUGCACGUGGAUCAACAGCCAGGCCGACGUGUUUGACUGGGUUCGAUUGAACAGCGACACGGCCAGUCAGUACACAGGCCCCAGCUCUGACCACACUUGUGGAGUAUCGGGGUCUUGCUCACCAGGAUUCUUCCUCUACAUCGAGACCUCCUCCCCCCGCGUUGCCGGUGACUACGCUCGUCUCAGCAGCAGCUUCUUAACCCCCAACCAAGACUUCUGCAUGACCUUCUGGUAUCACAUGUACGGCGCUGACAUCGGCGAGCUCUUUGUGCUUAAGACGGUGUCGUCCCUGGAGACCGUGGUGUGGUUUCUGUCCGGCCAGCAGAGCUCCAACUCGACGGAUUGGAAGUACGGCCAGAUUGGGGUGACGGACACUAUCCCCUUCCAGAUGAUGUUCGAGGGUGUCGUAGGCAAAUCCUUUGCGGGCGACAUCGCAAUCGAUGACGUCCUGUUCCUUCCUGGACUGUGCAAUGCUUUCCCAUCAACAGCUGACCCGGCCCAGUAUGGCUUCAAUGCCUCCUGUGACUUUGAGGCGUCAAUCUGCUCUUGGCAACAAGCCAGGGACGACGGAUUUGAUUGGUCGCGCUACCAGGGAAGCACGCCCUCUGUUGACACGGGACCAAGCGGCGACCACACAACUGGUUCUGGAUACUACAUCUACACAGAAGCAUCUUCUCCCCGUGUUGCUUUGGAGAGAGCCCGCAUCACCACGCGCCCCCUGACACCCACAAGUCUUCUCGGCAACUGCCUCUCGUUUUGGUAUCACAUGACCGGAAGCACCAUGGGAACGCUCAACUUGUUCAUGACGUCGCUGGCGAACGGCACGGACACCGCGCUGUGGUCCAAAACGGGAGAGCAAGAUGGUGAUUGGCUGCCGGCUCAGAGAACGAUUCGCAGCGACCAAGAUUUCACCAUAACUUUUGAGGGAAUUAUCGGUUCCAGUUACGAAAGUGACAUUGCUCUUGAUGAUAUCGUAUAUACUCAGGGUUCGUGCCCGCCACCGCGUCAGUGCGACUUUGAGCUGGAUUUCUGCGAGUGGUCGCAGGUAGCGACCAUCGAUGAUUUUGAUUGGACGAGACCGAGGGGCAUUGAUAUACACCCAGGUCAGACAGGCACUAGGCUGCCAGACAAAACAACGGGAACUUCCACAGGUCAUUUUGUAUAUCUUGACGAGACCUCUCAGCAAGCGGGCAACACCGCCGUUCUGAUCAACCCUCACUUCCCGGCGAUUCCCGACGGCGAGUGCCUACAGUUCUGGUACUACGUCCACGGGACCGGUGUAGGCUCCCUGGAGGUCUUCCAGUAUUUCCCCAACACGACGAGUCUGGGAGCCAGGCUGUGGGGGAAAAACGGGGACCAGGGGGACCUAUGGCGGCUGGGAAGGGUGACUCUUCAGGCUAACUCUCCAUUUUUGGCUGCAUUCGUGGGCACCGUGGGCAGUACCGGUCAAGGCGACGUGGCCAUCGAUGACGUCGAAGUGACCAUCGGUUCUUGUCCGCUAGCCGGCUACUGUGACUUUGAAGACGGCUUCUGCUCCUGGACCAACGAGGCCACACUGGACGACCUGGACUUCGUGAGAGGCAGUGGUUCCACGGAUAGCUUGGAGACAGGACCUUCGUUUGACCACACCAAAGGAACAACGGACGGCUGA